UCCAAAGAUCCUAAUACAUGUCCAACAUGACAGCUGUCAGUCCUCCAUCCUCCAUUACAACAACAUCAGGGCAGGAAGCUCUGUCCAAACAGACCUAUUGGUAGCGCAACGAGAUGAGACUGCCUACUUGUGUCUACGCUACGACGCUGGCAUGCGUCUUGAUCUUGACCAUCCAUUGCCAAUUGGUGGCAGGAUCCAGCGGAACUCCAUUUUUUCGUCCUCGUCACAAUGGAUUCUGGCGAUCCAACGAGGCAUCAUUCGGCCGUCGAUCCCAAGGCGGGGCCUAUCCCGGUGCGAGGCCACUGAGUCUCCGAUCACAGGCAUACAUUGACAAGAUUGCUGCCAAGGAAAUGCCUGGCUAUUCUGGAGUUGACAAUGUCAUCGAAAGAUUUCCUCCCCGCGGUGGUGAAGAUUCGGAUACCUUUGUCAAGGUAGUUGGAAUCGCCACUGACAUAUUGGUACAAUGUGGAAGGGUAGUGCUACCUCCCAUUGUGGCAUUGACCAAGAUGAUAGUGGGAUUCUAUCAAGCUCUUCCCAAGGACGCCAUUAUGGCGCAGGUUGGACUUGUCUAUUGCUUUGCAGGCGGAUACUACCCAACAUUGUUCAGUUCCUUGGCAGCCGCCCAGCAGUUUGGUUGGGACGUGAUGGUGGAGGCCAUCCAGGACUUGACGGAUGAAGCCAUCAAUGUGAUUCAUGCUCUGGAGGAGGUGCAAACAUCCAAGUAUGGGUUUGAUGAUGAUAGGGCAGCAAAUUCCUUCCGACGCAACACUGCUGUUGUGAUGGCUACGGUGGAUCCACAAAAGGUGAACCAGGCUGCGGGAGCUCUGUACACAACUUGGGUGGGAGUGAGUUCCGUAUUAGAGAAGGAGUAUGCACGUGUCAUCACCUUGUCCUUGACAAUGGCCAGGUACAUUGAACGAUUGGCACAAUUCAUCCUGGCACCUCCCGCCAGAAUGUGCGUGGCGGCCGACUAUCACCGAUGGAUUCCCGUAGUGAUUGGGUGGGGCUGCAAGGCAGCGGCCAUGAAUGUAGCGUGGCGGAUACAACGAGUGAUGAGUGCCGCCACUUCUGCCAUUACAGGUGGUCUCAUGUUCGCCCGGGCCUGUGCCAGGAUGCUAUCAAAACGCGGAGUCAAAAUGUUUGGUUUGAUCCAAGAGGACGAUGAAGCUACAUUCUUUGACGAAGUGAUCGGAUUCAUGGUGGCUGGUUUGGGAUUCUACACACAGUUUGAAGCCCAAUAUCGCAACGGUUUUUCAUUCAAGGUGCCCUACCCGUUCAAUCUUGUGACCUGGCCAUUCGAUCUGGCCGAGAAAUGGAUUCAAUGGCAGAUCACCAAGGAAUAAUUAUAACGCGAAGGCCGACAGGAACGAUGAUGCCCUUUGUAAUAGGUUCCAAGUUCCCAAUGCGUUUUACUGCACAUCAACGAAUAGAAAGAUUUGGAACGGUAGCUAGCCAGAUAGCUAGAUAGGCAGCAACGACACGGAUU